UUUCAGCAGUAAUUAUUCACAGUAAAUUAUUUUAUCUCUCAAUCUAUGCUCUCAUUUUUAAAGUGGAACCCGUUACUCUUUUCUUAGUUCUACACGGACGGAAUAUGAAGCUGUACGACACUGCUGGGUUUACAUGGCUGCGCCCAGUGAAGUCAGUGGUGACUUUAUUCUGAGUAAUAUAUGCAAUUGUAAAAUGACGUUCAUGAACUAAACAUGUGGAAUCAAGUUCGUAAACUGCAAAAGAACAAAACAGUGAAAUAUGGGAUCCCGAUGCUGCUUCUGGUCGUAGGAGGGUCGUUUGGAUUGAGAGAAUUCACUCAGAUUAGGUAUGAUGCACAGAAGAUCAAAAGGAAGCUGGACCCCGCACUGGAAGCCCGGGUGAACACUGAAAAACAGUCUGUCAUCCUUGAGGAAGAGUAUGAGAAAUUGAAAGAGAUGGACUUGGGUGGAUGGAAGAACAUUCGUGGCCCUCGUCCCUGGGAGGAUUCCAAGGAGUCCCAGGAGCAGCAGCGAGCACGGCUCAAUAAAGGCACAUAGAACUUUAAUGUUUAAACUCCCCCUACUGGCACAAAGAUGUAAGACACUUAUUAAACCAGUGCAGUAUACCUUGGUUGUUGUCACUGCAUAAUAUAUCACCACGAUUAUACUUUAUUAUAUCUGGACCAGAAACUACCAAUUUAGUUUAUACUGGCUUACACUUGCCACUUUUUUUUUUUUUUUUGUGGAAAUAUACUUCCUAAUAUACUUUUAUGAUUGUGUGGCUGGGUAUACGUAUAGUAUGUUCUCUGUACAGUGUCUUAUUUAUGGCAUCAGGCAGGCUGUAACUAACUAUUAUGCCAUGUGUUACCUUGUCAGUUCACAUUCACAGUAAUGCAUAACUCAAGACCCAUUAGUGCGUUUGAGUGACAAUACAUUACCCCCAUGUUCUUUCAGUGGUGCAAACAGAAUCAGUGGUGCCUGUGCACAUGCUGGAUGAGUGCUGUACAGUGUAAUGGUAGUAGACACAAUGCAUGAAUGACCUUCUGUACAUUAAAACUGUUUUUGAUUAUCACGAUUUAAAAAGAUGCUUGCGGUAAAUACUGUUCAGAAUUCAUCAAAGUUAGCAACGGUCUCGCGCAGCACGCAGCAUAGAUUUUGUUUUGUGCUAAUAUAUAAAUGAAUGAAUUCUGUUAAUGUAUAAUGGGGGAACAAACUGCUUUACAUCUUCCCUCCGUGUAAUGCCUAAAGUAGUGUUUAUAAACGCAGUGCUGCUUUGUUUACAAAGGUUACUGUGGAACAGCUUUCCCCUGUUUCAUAAGCGCCACCUACUGUCAGAGAGGGGAUUUACAUUUUCAUUCAGCCUGUCUGCCAUUUUUAUUCAGACCAAUGCGAAAAUCAGACCAAAUGUUUUUGUUGUAAAUUUUUACCGGUAGAUGGAAAAUAAACGAAUGUGCAUUCUAAA